AUGGAUCGCCGGAAAGGGAACGGAGGCGAUUCCUGCCGUUUGAAAAAAGACCACAAGCAAGGGCGUCAUGCAGAUGACCUCAUCAGGACCACUGAGUCUGGACAGAUUCAAGGGACUCAAAUCAGUAUCAAGGGGAUUGACAAAGUUCUCAGUGUUUUCCUGGGAAUCCUCUUUGCCAAAUUCCCUGUAGGGGCCCUGAGGUUUUCUCCUCCAAAACCACCAGAUUCCUGGAGCAAUGUUCUGUCUCCCAUGUCCAAAGGCUUGUUCCACAGAGCAAUCAUGGAGAGUGGUGUGGCCAUCCUCCCUGGCUUGUUUUCUUCCAGCUCAGAAAUGGUUAUGAUCUUUGUGGGUGCCAAUCUGUCUGCUUAUGAUAGACACAGUUCUGCCUCCAUGGUUGAGUGCCUUAGGAGUAAAUCUGAGGGUGAGAUCCUGGCCAUUACCAAGCAGUUCAAGAUAAUCCCUGGUGUGGUUGAUGGACAGUUCUUCCCCAAACAUCCUGAAGAGUUGCUGGCUACAGGAGAGUACCACCAUGUCUCUUCCAUCACCAGUGUCAACAACCAUGAAUAUGGCUGGGUAAUUCCUGUGGUCAAGAGCUUGGUGGCCAUGGAAUAUAAGCCAGAGUUAAAGGAGAAUUCCUUCUAUAACUUGUUGGACAAAAUGGCCAUCCACCCUCUGUUCGAAGACCUCCAAGGAGGGAAAACCUUCUCCCUCCUGAGAUGGUCUUUCCACUUCUAG